AUGUCAUUCUCUGUACAAGGACGAUCUGCUAUUGUAACCGGGGCAGGCUCAGGAAUUAACCUGUCUUUCGCCAAACUCCUACUCGAGAAUGGAUGCAACGUCCUGAUUGCCGAUCUAGCCCUACGUCCAGAGGCACAAGUCAUCGUUGAUCAGUAUUCAACCCGGUCGAAGACUUCACGAGCCCUCUUCCAAAAGACCGAUGUCACCGACUGGAAACAACUAGAGCGCAUGUUCGAAGUUGCCGAGCAGGAGUUUGGAGAGAUUGACAUCGUAUGCCCCGGUGCUGGUAUUUUUGAACCGCACUGGACGAACUUCUGGCGUCCUCCCGGUACAACUGAGAGCCGUGACCCACGUUAUGGAGGUAGAUUUGCUCUGCUGGACAUCAACCUCACCCAUCCGAUCCGCACGACCCAGCUAGCAAUUGCCCACUUUCUUCGCCAUGAAACCAACCAACGACGCAAACACAUUAUCCAUAUCUCCAGUAUUGCUGGCCAAGGCCCAAACUUCUGUGCCCCGAUAUACGUCGCCACCAAGCAUGGUAUCAAUGGAUUGGUGAGAUCACUGGCGAAACUUGAUCGCGAAUACGGCAUCCGUGUCACAGCCGUUGCACCAGGGGUCAUCAAGACGCCCCUAUGGACAGACCAUCCGGAGAAGCUGAAAAUCGUGGACGAGAAGGCGGAUGAAUGGGUGACAUCCGACGAAGUCGCUCAGGUGAUGCUGGCACUUAUUCAACAGGACAAGGUCAGUGGUAUUAUCGGAGAUCAGGAGGGUCAGCAUGGACAUCAAUUCCCGGUAAGGGGCGGAACCAUUCUGGAGGUCUCCAAGACAGUGCGUCCAGUGGAGGCUUUCAAUGAUCCGGGACCUGGCAAUCGACCUGGAAAUACCGUCUCCGAUGAUGGUGCAUUAAUCGAGGAGACUUUUGGACACGGCGGUAAAGGGAAACGAAGCUCCGGUCAUCAUGGGGAAGCCAGCUGGGUCAGCUGUGUGAUCAAUUUGGUCAAUACAAUUAUCGGUGCGGGUGUCAUGGCCAUGCCUCUCGCCAUCUCCCACAUGGGAAUCGUCCUCGGAGUCUUCGUGAUAUUGUGGUCAGGAAUGAUGGCAGGCUUUGGUCUAUACCUCCAGUCGCGGUGUGCCCAAUAUCUGGAACGAGGCACGGCAUCCUUCUUUGCCUUGUCGCAGAUCACCUAUCCUAAUGCGGCUGUCGUGUUCGAUGCCGCCAUUGCGAUCAAAUGUUUCGGAGUCGGAAUCAGCUACCUUAUCAUCAUUGGCGAUCUGAUGCCGGGGGUGGUUCAAGGGUUUGUUGGAGGUGCUCCGGACUAUGAUUUCCUGGUGGACCGGCAUUUCUGGGUAACGGCCUUCAUGUUGAUCGUCAUCCCACUCUCAUACCUCCGCCGGUUGGACUCGCUUAAGUAUACUAGUAUCGCAGCUCUGGUCUCAAUGGCCUACCUGGUAGUUUUGGUUGUAUACCAUUUCGUUAAAGGGGACACCAUGACGGAUCGAGGUCCGAUUCGCGUAAUUCACUGGGCAGGCCCGGUUCCCACCCUUAGCAGUCUGCCCGUGAUUGUUUUUGCGUUUACAUGCCACCAGAACAUGUUCUCGAUCUUGAAUGAAAUCGGCAACAACAGCCAUUUCCGAACCACCGGGGUUGUUCUGACGAGUAUCGGCAGUGCCGCGGCCACCUACAUCCUUGUGGCUAUUACUGGUUACCUCUCUUUUGGAAACAGUGUUGGUGGAAACAUCGUGAGCAUGUAUCCGCCAGGACUCUGGGCCACAAUCGGCCGCGCCGCUAUCGUCAUGCUGGUCAUGUUCUCGUAUCCACUUCAGUGCCACCCAUGUCGGGCGUCCGUUGACGCUGUGUUGCACUGGAGGCCCAAAUCCUCAUCCGCCAGCGAUAGCUCGCCUCAUCGACACCCUCUCCUGGGCCAGAGGGGCAACAGAACUCCGGAGCCGAUGAGUGACCUCCGGUUUUCUGUCAUCACCACCACCAUUCUCGUCCUGAGCUACAUCGUAGCGAUGACUGUCUCGUCCCUUGAAGCUGUGCUUGCCUACGUUGGCAGUACGGGAAGCACCAGUAUCAGUUUCAUCCUUCCUGGGUUAUUCUACUACAAGAUCUCUUCUCCCGAUUCGCCCCACCAUCAGCGUCUGAUGAAAGAAGACGACGAGGCAGCCGAGGGCAUGCUGUCUGAUGAUAGCAACGAUGAUGAAGAUGGCGACGAGAGCGCCCCGGCUCGCCCAUUGACGGAGAGUGGCAUUCUCCGUCGGGGAACGCGCCAGUGGCGCCGGUCGCUACUCCGGAAAUUGAGUUUGGCACUCGUAGUAUACGGGGUGGUGGUCAUGGUUGUAUGCCUGAUCACGAACUCUCUUUUCAUUGCUUCCCACUAG